AUGCAAAAUCCCAGGCCUCACGCCAUCACGAAGCGCUCAUCCCGAACCAGGGAAAUCCUCCUCUUCACAUGGGCCACUUUGGCGACAGCCGUCGUCAUCGUGCUGGCCGUAUGGAUGCAGAAGCCGACGACGACGACGACGCCGCCGCCCCCGACUACCAAGCGUAACCUCGUCUUCAUGGUGUCGGACGGCAUGGGACCGGCCUCGCUCUCCCUGACGCGCAGCUACCGGCAGCACGUCGAGUCGCUGCCUAUCCACGACACCCUCACGCUGGACCGGCACUUCUGGGGCACCAGCCGCACGCGGUCGACCAGCUCGCUGGUGACGGACAGCGCGGCCGGGGCCACCGCCUUCUCGUGCGCCCGCAAGAGCUACAACGGCGCCAUAUCCGUCACGCCGGACCGCGAGCCGUGCGGGACCGUGCUCGAGGCCGCCAAGCGGGCCGGGUACGUCACCGGGCUCGCCGUCACCACCGACGUCACCGACGCGACCCCGGCCUGCUUCGCCAGCCACGUGCUCCUGCGGUCCAUGGAGGACGACAUCGCCCUGCAGGAGGUCGGCGAGGGCGUCCUCGGCCGCACCGUCGACCUCCUCGUCGGCGGCGGCCGCUGCCACUUCCUCCCCAACUCCACGGCGGGCAGCUGCCGCGCCGACGACGUCGACGUCGCCGCCCUGGCUGCCCGGGACCACGGCUGGACCUACGCCGACUCGCGCGCCGGCUUCGACGCCUUCGCCCGCCCCGACUCCGACGUCCGCCUGCCCUACCUCGGCCUGUUCGCCCCCCGCGACAUCCCCUUCGAGCUCGACCGCCGUGCGAUGCCGGACGUCUACCCCUCCCUCAGCGAGAUGACGGCCGCCUCCCUGCGUGCCCUCGACCGCGCCACCGCCGACUCCGACACCGGCUUCUUCCUCAUGGUCGAGGGCUCCCGCAUCGACCAUGCCGGCCACAUCAACGACCCGGCCGCCCAGGUCCACGAGGUUCUCGAGUACGACGCCGCCUUCCGCGCCGUCCUCGACUUCAUCCGCCACUCCGACACCGAGACCGUCCUCGUCGCCACCAGCGACCACGAGACCGGCGGCCUGGCCACCGCCAUCCAGGAGCCCGGUCACCUGCCCGUCUACGGAUGGUACCCCGAGGCCCUGGCCCGCGCAUCCUCCUCCUGCGAGUUCCUCGCCGCCAAGCUGGCCCGUCACGUUGCUUCCCGGAAGGAGGACGGCGAGGACGGGCAGGGGUCCUCCACCGCCACCGGCCAUCUCCGGUCCUGGAUAGAGAAGAACAUCCUCCGAGACGGGCUCGGCGUAGACGACGCCACAGACGAGGAGCUCCAGCUCCUCGUCCGCCAGGCCGACUCCGCCGUCACCGUGCUGUCCGCCAUCAUCUCCCUUCGCGCUCACGUCGGCUGGAGCACUCACGGCCACACCGCCGUUGAUGUCAACAUCUACUCGUCUGGCAACGUCGACGCCGUGUCCGACAUCCGCGGCAACGUCGAGAAUACCGACGUCGGACGCUUCCUCAGGGACUACCUCGCCGUCGAUGUCGAGCCCAUUACCAAGGAACUCAAAGAGAAGAUGGACCUCGCUGGCGCCGAGUCCAUGCUCGAUCACCAGGCUGAGCAUUUUCAUGAGUCUAGGCUCCUGACCUCCGUCUAG